UCGGUGCCGCCCCGGCGCGGGGUCGCGGGCGCGGGGUCGCGGUGGGUCCGGAGCGCAGCAUGGGCGGGUGGCGGGACAUGUCCGCGGAGGCGCUGGAGGAGCAGUACUCCCCUAGCCGCUGGUCCCCGCGCCUGGGCAGCGACGCCAUCGUCCAGGCGCACCUCGAGGCGACGGCGGCAGGCACCCAGCAGGCCCGGGCCGAAGCGCGAACCUCCCUGCACGUCCCCUACGGCGACGGGGACCGGGAGAAGUUGGACAUCUAUUUUCCCGCGGACCCGGCUGGAACCUUUCCCCUCCUGGUCUACAUCCAUGGUGGAUAUUGGCAGUGCCUGAGGGUGCACCCCCUGGACACCCCAGCCCUGCAGCCCACCAGCUUCUGUUUUCCCCCCAGUAAAGAUGAGUCGGGGUUCGCAGCCCUGCCACUGGUGUCGCGGGGCGUAGCGGUAGCGGCCGUGGGUUAUGACACAGCCCCCACAGGACACAUGGACGCCAUGGUGCUGCAGGUGCGGCGCAGCGUCGCCUUCCUGGUGCAGCGGCACGCCGGGAUCAGGGGCAUUUACCUGUGUGGACAUUCAGCAGGGGCCCACCUGGCAGCCAUGGUGUUGUCCACGGACUGGACGGAAUAUGGAGUGGCACCAGAUAUCAAAGGUGCUGAGUCUGGUGUGGGAACUGAAGGACUGGUGUCUGCACCUGGGAUGAGGUGUCUCUGCUGCCCACACCAGGCUCUGGGGGCUGUAGAACUGAGGGAGAUGAGUGGCCCCAGAUGGCUGCAGCACAGAGGGUGCAGGAUUUGGGGGUGCACAUGUCCACUGGCGAUGUGGGUGCAAAGGAGAGUUCUCAGGUGCAUGGCUGUGAGAACAGCCAGAGCUGCAGAGCCUUACCCACCACUGCCUCUGUGUCCAGGAGCCGUGCUGGUGAGUGGCGUGUACGACCUCGAGCCCAUCCUGCACACCUACGUGAAUGAUGAGCUGAACAUGAGCCAGGAGGUUGCCCAGAGGAACAGCCCCAUGCUGCACAUCACCCCGGCAGCCAUGGCCUGCCAGGUGCUCGUGGCUGUGGCCCAGCACGACUCCCCGGAGUUCCGCAGGCAGUCGCAGGAGUAUGGGCAGGUGAGCUGUGGGCAGCGUCCUGCUUGGCCCUGCAGUGAGGCUGCUCCAGCCCUGCCAGCCUGGGAUGAAGAGCUCACGUCCUGCAUCAGAGCCAUGUUUCUGCUGCAUGUUGGUGGCUGCCAAUGGCAGCAGUUCACAGGAGGAUGCCAGUCCUUGAGAACUGUUCCUGCUGUCUGGUCUGGGGCAGAUGGGAGUCAGGGUCCCUCCUGCCAGCACUGCUCCCUCCACAGGCCCUGCGUGCAGCUGGCUGGUCUGUUUCCUUGCUGGAUCUUGCUGGUGUGGACCACUUUGACAUCAUUGAGAAGCUGUCAGAGGAGAGCUACGUCCUCACUCAGGUGAUUCUGAACAUGAUUUCAAGAGCCUGAUGGUACAUCAGGAGCAAACAGAGACGGGAACCACAGCCCUGCGUGGCAGCAGCAGCAGCUCGUGCUGUCCAUGCUCCAGACGAUGGGUCUCCUGCAGCACAGGGCAGCUGCUGCCCCAGACACCCCCUGUGCCACCCAUCCCACAGCCAGGCCAGGGGGGUUUGCAGCAGGGGAGCACCAUUUACCACAGACUCUCACCUGGUUUCCUUUGCUGCGAUGGUCCUGCCCGUCUGGAGGCUGGCGGAGCUGGCAGGGCUCUGGGUGAUGAAGCUUGUUCCCCGUUUCUUUGGCCAAUAUAAAGCAAAAUAGGAAUAA